UCACAAUUAAUCUGAUUCAUUGUUUCAGCAUAAACUCUGUUAGAGACAUAGCCUACAAGGUUUAUGUUUAUCAUUUUCACACGCUUAUUAUUUUCCUUUCAUUUCACUUUAUGCUGUUGUAUUACAUAGAAUACAACAAAAUGUACUGAAAUUGUGGUUAUUCUCUGACUAAGUGAAAACAAAUUCAAGGGGUGUGAAUAAAUUUGCAUGCCACAAUACCUGUACUUCGUACUAGAGGCUCAGAUGGACCUUUACAGAAUAUUCCCCAGUGUCAGAUAACGGAGCGUCAUAAAAUGAAACGCAUGUAAUUGUUCUCUACCGCCAUCUGCUGGCUAAUGCAACAGAAUGACUCUGUGCUCCAUAUUUUAGACAGCAGAACUUCGUCAUUUCAGCCACAUCUGUGCAUAUUUGCAUGAACACCACGGCUGUUUUGUUUAUGCCAGGACUCACUCAACAUAGCUCUGAAGAAGGACCAGAAUCUGCUCCGUUCAUGAAGCCAAAACUGGAUCCUCCAUGGAACAUGCUCAGAUUGACAGACAUGCCUUUUCUCAGGUUUUUCCUCAAUGUGGACACCAUGUCUGGAAGAAAAUUAUAUUUUCACAAACUCUUUAGAACUAAAUGUGGUGACAUAAGAUCUGACAGCGGUAUGAAAUGUUUUAGGCUUAAAUGUAGAUUUAAUUCAAAAGGUUACUCCAAAAACACCACAUAUAUCACGACCUAGAGGGAAAAAACAAAUAGAGCAACUUAAAACAAAAGUGAUGAGAAAGGUUGAUUAUAUUCUUCGUAAGCUACUGUGUGAUUGAAAUAUUACGUUUUUUAAAGUACACAAUAAACAUUUUUAAUCUGAAUGUUUUUUUUUUACCCUAAGAAGGCAUAAUAGGGUCCACAUGAAGCAAAUCACCUCUGCCACAAUUAUUUACAUCUCUGCUGCCCUCACUUUGUACAAUCCCCUUUUGCCAUCAGUUUAUUUCAUAAACUUGGAGGAUACAGAAAUAUUGAUCUUGUUUGGAAUGAGGCAGUUCCUUUUGACAUGAUCCACUAUUGCUGAUGUGGCACCCAAAGACUAUUUGACCAUUAAAAAACACAUCCCUCCAGCUCCUUUCUUCCCCUUCCCCAACAUUUUAUUUAUUUUAAUACUUGUGUUUUGGUUGUUUAUUUUUUGUGGCACUCACAUAUACUUGUAAGUUUAUUUCUGGUGCAAUACUAAUUUAUUCCACAAGAUGGCAGUAGUGGCGCAUAACAGAGACACUGACUUCCAAACAGUACGUAGGAGAAGCUCAGUGGAAGCCUAAGCUGAAUAGGUAGCAUCGCAGCAAAACCUUUACCGAAGAAGCUAUUUUUUGUUUAAAACAGAGCAGGGGAACCAACAGCUCACCCAUGGGUGUCCUGAGGACAAGAAAUAAACAGAAACGGGUACAAGCAUUCAUUUGCUUGUGCAUAGUUUGCUUCAUCCUCUACAAGUAUCUGGGACUCUUUCAGAGCGUGCCACAAAUGGACUUGAAGAUCAGGAAGAUGGGCCUGAACACCAACUCCUCCCAGUUCACCCUGGAGGGGAAGCCCUUCUGCAUCCUCGGGGGAUCCAUUCACUAUUUCCGCGUGCCCAGGCCAUACUGGAGAGACCGGCUGAUGAAGAUGGUGGCCUGUGGCAUCAACACCCUAACUACAUAUGUUCCAUGGAGUCUGCACCAGCCGGAGAAGGACGUGUUCAACUUCCACAUGCAGUUGGAUUUAGAAGCAUACAUAUCUCUGGCAGCUGAGCUGGGGUUGUGGGUUAUUUUAUGUCCUGGUCCCUAUAUUUCUGCCGACAUGGACCUGGGAGGACUGCCAAGCUGGCUCCUCAGAGAUGAGAAUAUGAGACUAAGGACCAUGCACCCUGGCUUCAUUCAAGCUGUCAACACCUAUUUUGACAAACUUAUACCAAAAGUGGUUCCAUUACAGUUCAACAAAGGGGGUCCCAUUAUUGCGGUGCAGAUUGAAAAUGAAUAUGGAUCCUUUGCAAAGGACCAAAGGUACAUGUUAUUCAUUAAAGAGGCUUUACAGUCCAGAGGAAUCCGUGAGGUCUUUCUCACAUCAGAUAAGAGCAACUCAUUUAAGUCUGGGGGUGUUGAUGGAGCUCUCCGGGCAAUAAAGCUAUGGAAAUUGAAUCAGAGAAUCGUCCAGGAGCUGAACUCUGUCAAGCCCGUCAAGCCUUCCUUUGUGAUGGAAUACUGGACUGGCUGGUAUGAUACAUGGGGGGACCUUCACCAUGUGCUAGCUCCAGAAGACAUGGUGUCAACAGUGAGGAAUAUUCUGAGAAAUGGCAUGUCUGUCAAUCUGUACAUGUUCCACGGAGGAUCCAGUUUUGGCUUCAUGAGCGGAGCAGAUCCUGAUCCUUCCUACAAAGCUUUGGUCUCCAGCUACGAUUAUGACGCUCCGUUAUCUGAAGCAGGGGGAUAUACUGCAAAGUACCACCUUCUACGGGAUUUAUUUUCUCAAUUCAAACCAAAAGGACACAACCUCCCAGACAUACCGAAGUUGCGUCACAGUGAUACCUACGAAACUGCCAUCAUGUUCCAGUAUCUGUCAUUAUGGGAUGCUUUAAGCUUCGCUGAGAAUCCUUUCACGUCAUCCAAGCCAGUAAACAUGGAGAACCUACCUGUAAACAAUGGCAACGGCCAGUCAUAUGGCUACACUCUGUAUGAGACCAACAUCACUAGCGGAGGGAUGCUACACUCAGGUGACCAUGUUCGGGAUCGUGCCAUGGUGUUUGUAGACAGAAAAUAUAUUGGUCUUUUGAAGCGCCAGAUCCUUGAGCUGGCUGUUCCUGAUGGUAAGGAAGAGCGGACUUUGAGCUUCCUGGUUGAAAACUGUGGACGAGCUCACCAAGGAAAAGACCUUGACAAACAACGUAAAGGUCUGGUGGGGGACAUUUUAUUCAAUGACAUCCCCUUGCGGGGUUUUACAAUAUACAGCCUGGAUAUGAAACUCAACUUUAUUGAAAGUCUUAAUCAGGCACCUUGGAAAAAUCUCCCAGAAAGCUCCAGCUUUCCUGGAUUUUUCAUGGGAAGGUUGUUUGUGUACAGCUAUCCGAGUGACACAUUUGUGAAGCUGCCAGGCUGGGGAAAAGGUGUUGUGUUCAUAAACAGUCUGAAUCUCGGUCGCUAUUGGUCACUGGGUCCACAGCAGUCCCUCUACCUCCCUGGGCCUUUUCUCCACAGUGGAAUGAACCAGAUUAUUGUAUUUGAGGAGAAGGGGGGAGACUCCAGUGUCCUGUUUGAGGAUUCACCUGAUCUGGGCAUGGAAGCAGAAAUUGGGUGAACAUCUUGGUGUGAAAUUUAUCCACAUCUUGAUGUAUAACAUGUUUAUUUUCUUAUUUUUACAAAAUGUUUUUUACUGUAAUUGUAUUUGAAUAAACGGUCAUCAAUGUU